AUGGACACCGAGGUGCCGCGACCAAAGUAUCUACACAACGUUCAACACCUUCCAACCUCACCCAGCCGAGAUGAGGAGGCGAAACGCACACGGUAUCGCAAAUUCUUGAAAAUCCGGACUCUCGUCUUCUUCGCCCUUGCGGUCUGUUUCCUUUCCUUGGGCAUCUUCCUCCUGGUUAGGUACAAUCAGCCCAACGGGCUGACCUAUCAAGCAGCAAUUCUCUUAGUCCUUUACAACGACGAUACAUGGGCUUCCACGGGAUCAAGCGUCGCUCGCUCCUGUGGCAUCCUCUUCACGGUACUCGGUGUCGCUUUCGCCAUUACCACCUCCGUCUACUGUCCAACAUUCAUCAAACUCAUUGCUUCUCGAUCUGGAUCAGUCAUUUAUCAUCCCAAGAGCGCUGAGGCUCUAACAAAAAUGAGGUAUCCAAGGCAUAAAGUGGAGAAGAUGCCACCAAUUCCACCAACAAUGGCGACGAUGGGGCUGCCCCGAGUCCUUCCACCAGCUCCAUUUCCUACAGGCGUGUUUGUUGAACCCUCGGCACCACCACCUUACAGUGAAGUGGAGAAGAUGCAAUAUUGA